AUGAUUGGGUCUUCAGUACCGUUUGAAGCCCAGCGUAAACAUGAACAUGAACAACAUACACAUUCUCCAUCCUCAAACCAACCAAGUUCCACACCUUUGAUACAACAAGAUGAAGAAGUGCUAAGCCCGAUAAUACAUUGUAUGCUUGCUGGUGGUCUUGGUGGUGCUAUUGGAGAUUCCGUUAUGCAUUCUUUAGAUACCGUCAAGACUCGUCAACAAGGUUCUCCAACAACUACAAAAUACAAAAAUAUGAUCAAGGCUUACAGAACCAUAAUGGUGGAAGAAGGUAUAAGAAGAGGAUUAUAUGGAGGUUAUGGAGCAGCGAUGCUUGGUUCAUUUCCUAGCACUGCCAUUUUCUUUGCAACUUAUGAAUUUACAAAGAGAACAAUGAUUCAAGAUUUACAAAUUAAUGAUACUUUAUCUCAUUUAACUGCAGGGUUUUUAGGUGAUUUUGCAUCAAGUUUUAUUUAUGUCCCUAGUGAAGUUUUGAAAACAAGAUUACAAUUACAAGGACGUUUCAAUAAUCCAUAUUUCCAAUCAGGUUAUAAUUAUAAGGGUCUUUUCGAUGCUAUAAAGACUUUAAUUUCACAAGAAGGUCCACAAACUUUGUUUUUUGGUUACAAAGCUACAUUAUGCAGAGAUUUACCAUUUUCAGCCUUACAAUUUGCAUUUUAUGAAAAAUUUAGACAAUAUGCAUUCCUUUCAAGAGGAUUAGAUUACAAGAAAGAUGAUUUAACUAUUGACCUUGAAUUAUCAACAGGUGCAGCAGCCGGUGGGUUAGCUGGUACUUUAACUACACCAUUAGAUGUCAUCAAAACUAGAAUACAGACCCAAAACCCUUCCUCAAUACCUCCUCCAUCAUCUUCACAUACUACUUCCCCUUCAUCCAAUGUUCAUUCAAAAGUUAAAAAUCCUACAACCAUAAAUACCAAAAACUAUACAAUCCCAUCAACUGCACAACCAGCAAUUCUAAACACUUCAUCAAUUUUCAGAGGUUUAUUCAUAGUUUACAAAACAGAAGGGAUUGUUGGUUUAUUUAGUGGUGUUGGUCCAAGAUUUGUAUGGACAAGUGUUCAGAGUAGUAUAAUGUUACUACUAUAUCAAGUUGCAUUAAAAACAUUAGAUAACGCUCUACUGAGUGACAAUAAAUUUGAAUAG